AUCCCAUCUUGCCUGACAGAGCAGCAGUGAUAUACUGAGGAGGAGAUCUCUCCUUGGGCUUUUCUUGGGUGGAGACAUCACAGCAGCAUACGGUGUUUUGCAGAUAUCCUUGCUGUGGUUUGGAGUUUCCAUGGUUUCUUGUAUUUUGGUAUAAAUCCCAUAAUAUGUGGAUGUAAUAGAUCUACGAAAAGAUGAGCGAGGACAGCAAGACAAGACGUUUUUCAGAAAGCUUGGUCCUGGAUGACUCGGAGAAAGGAGUCAUCAUUACAGGAAUCACUGAUGAUACAAUUGCUGCAAAGAGUGGCCUGCAAGCAGGGGAUGAGAUUGUUGCAGCCACUAUACACCUUGAUCACCUGAACAAAAAUGAAGUGCUGAACAUCCUGAAGGUCCUGGAGCCAUAUGAUAACAACAUGAAGGUUCUGACAAAGAAGGAGCUGAGCGCCAGUGCUGGCCUCGGUUCCUUAGGAUUAGGUCUCAAAGAUCAAGCAGAGAUGCUCAACCUAAAAAAUGGGUUGGGUGGCAAAGUAACUGGUCACACUCUCAAUGGAGACCUUCCCAGUCUCAGCCUAAAUAAGCUUUCAGCUGAUGCCGAUUGCAGCUCCCUUGGACUAACUGGACCAUAUAUAAAAGGAGAUCUAGAUGGCACCCUCAAAGCACCUGAUGUUAGUGUCUCAGCUCCACAGCUCAAUGCUCCCAGCACCUUGCUUGACAUUGAGAAACCAGAAAUUAAAACAGGUGAUUUGAAAUACAAGACCCCAAAAUUCAUAAUGCCACACUUCAAUCUGCCUCAGAUCACAAUACCAAAAGCAGAAAUGGAUGUUUCUGGUGAUGUAGAUCUCCCUUCUGUCAAUGAAAAUCUAGAGGCACCAGACCUUAAUCUGUCAGCCCCAAAAUUAGAUCUGAAAAGUCCAGAUUUGGACCUGAAUGGACCAAAAGUUGAUCUGAAUGGCCCUGAUGUAAAUUUAGAAACCCCAAAUGCUGAUAUUGAGGCCCCCUCAGGCAAAAUCAAGUGGCCCCAUCUAAAAUGGAAAGGUCCCAAAGUUAGAGGACCAGAUGGCAACUUAAAUGCUGACCUGUCUGCACCUGAUGUCAAUCUCUCAACACCAAAGAUUGAUGGGGAUCUAAGUGCACCAGAGGUUGACAUUAACAUUCCCAAGGCUGACAUCAAAGGCCCUGAUCUAGAUGUUCAAACCCCAAAUCUUGACAUUGAUGCCACAUCUGGUAAAAUAAACUGGCCUCAUUUAAAGUGGAAGAAACCCAAAAUUCAUGGCCCAAAAGGUGAUCUGGACUUAGAUGCAAACCUGAACACACCAGAUGUUGAUAUAUCUGGUCAAAACGUGGAGGGUGGAAUAAAUGCCCCAGAUGCUGACAUAAGUUUCCCUCAGGCUGUCCUUAAAGGCCCUGAUCUAGACAUGCAAACCCCAAAUACUGAUGUAGAGGCUCCAGCUGGUAAAAUCAACUGGCCUCAUCUGAAAUGGAAGAAGACCAAAGGCCCAAAAGCAGACUUAGACAUAGAUGCAGAUCUUAACACACCUGAUUUAAAUCUUUCAACUCCAAAGAUUGAUGGUGACGUUAAUGUACCUAAUGCAGAGCUGAAUCUACCAAAUGCCAUUCAGACCCCAGAUCUUGACAUUGAUGCUCCAUCAGGGAAAAUUAAUUGGCCUCAUCUGAAGUGGAAGAAACCCAAACUUCACGGCCCCAAAGCUGAUAUGGACCUCAAUGCAGAUCUGAGCACACCAGAUGUUGAUCUCUCUGUUCCAAAAAUUAAUAGUGGGAUUAGCACACCAGAUGUUGAUCUGAAUUUACCCAAAGCAGAUGUUGAUGUUAUGGCACUAGAUGUUGACACUGAGGCCCCUUCUGGCAAAAUCAAGUUCCCAACACUCAAAAAGCCCAAGUUUUUGCUACCAAGGGUGAAGUCCCCAGAUGUUGACAUUGAUGCUGAUGUGGAAGCACCUGACCUCAAGCUCUCUCCUAAAGCAUCUCUUGAUAGACCUGACAUUGAUCUGAAUUUGCCCACAGCUGAUGUUGAUGUUAAAGCACCAAAUGUUGACAUUGAGCCUCCAUCCGGGAAGUUCAAAUGGCCCACUCUUAAAAAGCCAAAGUGGACUGUCUCAGGUCCUAAGGUUAAUGGUCCAGAUGUUGGUUUAGAUGCUGAUGUUUCAGCCCCUGACUUCAGUCUCUCAGCUCCAAAGAUUGAUGGUGACAUAAAUGCACCAGAUGUCAAUCUAAAUUUACCAAAAGCUGAGCAAGAAGCCCCCAACUUAGACAUUGAUACUCCAGAUGUUGAAGGCCCAUCUGGAAAAUUCAAAUGGCCAACCUUCAAGAAACCCAAAUUUGGCACACUGAAGGGUCCAAAGGCUGAUGCUGAUAUGAAGGUACCAGACGUAGACCUCAAGGCGCCUGAUGUGGAUUUGAGUGCACCAGAUGUUAAUCUUAUAGCACCAAAAAUUGAGGGUGGGAUCAAGGCUCCAGACCUCAAUAUCAACAUGCCUAAUGCUGAUGUCAAAGGUCCAGAUGUGGAUCUUAAUGGUCCAGAUCUCAACCUUGAAUCACAAGAUGGUAAACUGAAGUUUCCUAAAUUUAAACUACCAAAAUUAAAAGUUCCCAAAGUCAAGGGUCCUGAAUUGGAUGCCUCUUUAGAAGCACCAGACAUUGAUGCCAGUCCUAAUGUAGACCUAAAAGCACCAGAUCUCUCUUUGUCUGCAAAGAAAAUUGAAGGCUGUUUUGAUACACCAGAUCUUGACAUUAGUUUACCAAAAGCUGAUCUCAAAGGCCCUGAUGUAGACCUUCAAGCUCCAGAAGUUGACGCCUCACCUGGAAAAUUCAAGCUACCCAAAAUAAAAUUGCCAAACUUUGGCUUAUCAGAGUCAAGGGUAAAAGGACCUAAUCUUGAUGUUGAUGCUGACCUCAAGAGUUCAGAUCUGGAUCUUCCUGCCCCCGCAAUUAAAGGAAAUCUCAGUACUCCAGAUCUAGAUUUGAAUGCUGAUGUAAAGAGGCCAAGUCUGGAUCUACCCAUUGCAGACCUCCAGGUACCUGAUCUCAACUUGAAAGCACCAGAUCUCAGCCUGUCUCCACCAAAAAUUGACGGGAACCUCUCAGCAGCAAACAUAAACACAAAAUUGCCAAAAGCUGAACUCGAAGCACCUGAUCACCAAGUCACACUAAAAGCUCCAAAUGUGGAUAUCAAUGUGCCAAAACCAGUCCUCAAGGCACCUGAUGCACAAUUGAAAACACCAGAUCUAGAUCUCGAUUCCCAUCUGGGUGACUUUAAAGUGCCUUAUUUCAAGCAACCAAAACUUGAUCUUUCAAGUCCUGAAGUAGAGAUUCCCAGUAUCCAUCCUUCUGGAGAAGAUGCUAACAUUUCUGUUCCUGCGGUAGACUUGAGUGUACCAAAGGCAGCGGGAGAUAUUAAAGGACCUGAAUUAAAUGUGAAAGCUCCAAAUGUAGAUGCAAAUCUUGAAAAGUCAAAAUUCCCACAUUUCAAGCUUCCAAAGUUACAUCUUCCAGGGUCUAACAUAAAAGGUCCAGAGGUUGAUACCAGUGCAAAUCUUGAAGUCUCACCUGUGAAGGUCAAAGCUCCCAGUCAUGAAGGAGAAAUCAGUUCACCUCAUGUUAGUGUCUCUGCUCCUGAAGUGAAGACAAGCCUUAACACACCUGAACUGGAUAUCACAGCUAAAGCAGAUGCUGAAGUUAAAGACUCUCCGAAAAGUAAGCUGAGAUGGCCCUUCAAAUGGGGAUUUAAGUCUGGUUCUGAUGAAGAGGGAAGUGGUCCUGAGUCUGAAACUGAGGUGUCUGGUGCUGAGGUGGAGGUUCCUGCAUUCAAAUUCCACAGACUGCCCAGGAACAGCAUUGAUGGCAUUGGAGGAAUUCCUGAUACCUUGAGUUUAUCAAAACUUGACACAGAGGCAAAGGAUUAUGUUGUCAGAAAAGGGAUCCGCUUGCCAGUAGUAAAUGCAACAUCAAAAACAGGAGAAAAGAUUGACAUUAUAGAGAGAUUGAAAAUGGCGAAAGAAAAAGCACCCUCAGCUAAUGUCUCACCAACUGAAGCAAAAACUGAUAUUGAUCUGAAGCUUGCUGCCCCAAGUCUUGAUAUCAGUGCCUCUAAAGAAGAUGGAGAUUCUUCUUUGGUCAGAGGAGGUACUUUCAAAGUAGAAAAACCAGAGUCUGGACUGGGCCUGGUAACCCCUGAAAUUUUGACAUCAGAUGAAAAUGACAAAUUGUCAUUGAGCCUCUCCAAUAUGCUUGGUCUUAAUAUCAAUGAUUCAGAUGCUGACUGAUUCCUGCUAGACUAACCUGGUGAAUAAAGCUUCAGUCCAGAAGCAUUGUAAACACAUGUAAACUUUAAACAUGUAAACAACUAAACCAAUUCAAUGCCGUAUUUGUGACAAUAAAGAGACAAGUAAACUGUUUUAUUUACCCAUACCACAGUUUUCUGCAGAUAAUGCCAGCUACAGUAUCCUUUUUAGGUAAUAACUUCAGGUAGCCUAAUGAAGAAACCUGUUUGUAUAAUGUUUAUAUUCCUGUUAUUUAUAUAAGCUUUUUUUUCUCAACGUUGAUUUGGAAGUUACUUAAGUAACUGCCUCAGUAUUGCGAGUGAUCACGUUGAACUGUUAAGGUUUCUGAGAAGUGCAUUACUUUACCAUAACAUUUUUAAAUGAUAAGUGAAUUGUGAGUGAAUGUAUUUGUUAAUUUUUUGUUCAAUAAAUAACUCAAUAUACUCAG